AUGUCUCAAAAUUUUGAGAAAUCCGUAAAGGGGGCCACCAAGGUCAAGCUUGCGGCUCCUAAAUCAAAAUACAUCGAACACAUCCUGGUUGCGACCCAUACGGGCGAGGCGGGUGUUGCAGAGAUAUUCAGGACACUGCAAUUUCGACUGCGCGAUUCAACAUGGACGAUCGUGUUCAAGGCGCUAAUUGUUGUCCAUCUUAUGAUACGAGAGGGGCAAUUGGAUGCCACUUUACAAUACAUGGCGGAGAACCCUACCAAGUUAGCAAUCAGCGGAUACUCAGAAGUACAAUCACAAGGGCAUAACAUCCGAAGAUACGCCGAUUACCUUAUGGCGCGCGCAAAAGCGUUCGAAGCCACAAAGACCGAUUACGUCCGGAGCGGACAAGGACGAAUGAAGCGAUUGACAGUUGAAAAGGGUCUACUGAGAGAAACAGAGAUUGUUCAGAAGCAGAUCAAGGCUUUGUUACGCUGCGACCUUCUGACAGAUGAAGUGGAAAACGAAAUUACGCUCACGGCCUUCCGGUUGCUUACCUUGGACCUACUGACUCUAUACUCGGUCAUGAAUGAGGGUACAAUAAACGUUCUAGAGCAUUAUUUUGAGAUGUCGAGGCCGGACAGCGAGCGGGCUCUAGAGAUAUACAAGACCUUCACCGCACAGACGGAGGAGGUCGUGAAGUUCCUGGGUGUCGCUAGGCACUUUCAAUCUGCAACCAGAUUGGAAAUACCCAAACUCAAACACGCUUCGACGGACUUGACGCGCCUUCUUGAGGAUGAUCUCAAUGACCCUGAUUUCAACAUUCGCCGAAGGGAGUAUUUGGCUCGAAAAGGCGCAAAGAAUGGUGGAGCAGACACUGCGUUGAAGUCCAGUAUUACUGGGGGCCCUCAGAAUACCAGUAAUAUGAGUUCUGCCCCGAGCCGCCCACAAACAGAACCGAACCCGCAGAAGAAAACCAAUCCUGCGGACUUGAUUGACUUUUUCGAACCUAUCGAACCCAAUCCGCAGCCUACAGCACAACCAACAAAUUUCCAGCACCCGUACCAAGCACAGCAGCAACAGCAAACCAUGCCCUUCCAGCCAACGGGCUUCCAGCCGCAGCAGACAGGGCUCUAUACCCAACAGACGGGCUUCCAGCAACAGCCUCAAGGGGCCUCUUUUGGUCAACCGACCGGCUUUGGAGAACCCUUCCCUCAGCAGAAUAAUAACCAAUUUGGACAAGCACAAGCCCCUCAACCACUCCAGUCUAUGCCAACUGGGGCCGGAUUCGGCGGCUACUCGGCACAGCCGCAGACAUAUGGGUUCCAAACCCAUCUUAGCCCCAUACCGCAAAGCGGUGUCGCGUCAUUUUCUCAGCAGCAACAACCCGCAUUGGGUGUUCAGCAGCAGCCGCAACAACAAUCAACCAAUCCUUUUAGGCAGUCAAUGUUGAUGAGCACACCAACAGGGACUGCUGUGCCGGCGUCUCCGUUGAGCCGUCAAAACACGAACCCUUUUGCCAGACGCCUAUCGACGGUGAAUCCACAAGUCAGUUCAGGUCCUACUGAAGGGACUCAGAGUCCAGCGCAACAACCACUUCGGCCUCACCGAACAGGGACCAAUCCCUUUGCUCGGAGCUCCUCUGUUCCUCCCCAGCAAAGUCAAGGACUGCAGCCUCCAGCCGCAGCACCCUUACGGCCGAAUCCAACGGGAAGCACGAAUCCCUUCCGACAGAGUGCCUUUGUAAACCAACAAACCGGCCAGGGCUGGCAUGUCGGUGGUCAGCAGGGUACCAUGGGGGGACUUGAAAAGCUAGAAACAGUGCCAGUCUUUCCACGGCCCGGGAUGGCCUAG